UUUAUAUUAAAGAUGUUGAGCCACCAAAGGAAAAUAAAAAUUUUGUUCCAAAUGUUGAGAGAAGUGGGGAAAUUCGUUUUAAACAAGAUAUUGAUAUUAGAGGAGGUGGGAAACGUCUUAGAAAAAGUAAAGGAGAGAAAAUGUAUAUCUGGGAUUUUGCUCAUAGAAUGCGACGAAUUGAUAAACGAUGGAUGAUUACUGGAGAAAAGCCAAAACCUGAACAUAUUUUUCGUGUUCUGAUUGAUGGGCAUGCAAUGUUAGCACUUUUAAAUGAUGAUGGGGAUGAAGUAGCACGAUGUAAGUUUCUUGAAGAAGGAGAUUGA